GCUGGAAGUUGUUGAAAUUUUCAUCAGACUAUAUCACUGACUAGUCGUGCUCAAGUCAAAUCAUAAUAACAAGACAGGCAAAUACAAGUAGGAUUAAUGGUGACAUCGUAAUGGGCUGUUCACCAUCGAUACUAUCAUCAUUGUCGAAUAACCACAAUAAUCGAAAAGAUAGUGGCUUAUAUUGUAGUAACAACAGUGAUACAAAUAGUAAUAAAAUCGAUGCUCAUAACGAGACAAAUACAGCACUUGCAAACCAAAUUUUAGUACAGUCAUCAAAUAAGGAUGUUUUGGAAAAGAAGGAUUGCGUGAAAAAGGAUUCCAUUGUAUCAGUCAGUGGAUUUGGCCAUAUCACUCAUAACUUUACAAUCAUACCAUCAUCCAUCAGACGUGCUACGAUUGGAACAAGUGCACCAUCAAACUCCCGUCUUGGUCAUCGGAAAUCAUCACUUGCUUUAACACCUGAGGAGGACUGUCCAGUCGAACCGACAAUUAAACUUCAUGAUGGAAAAUAUCCAUAUCUCAUCCCACCGAAUCCAUCCGUACGAGCGUUGAUAGUCUUUUAUAAAGAUGACCAAGUUAGCGAUGCUGUAUUGAGAUCUUGUGAACGCUUAAAUAUAGAGAUAACUCGUGCAAAGAGUACAGAUUCAGCAUUAGAGCUCUUUCAGAGUCCCCUAAAUGGCGGACAUCAUCUUGUGAUAGUCGAUGGGAGAUGUAAAAACACUGAUGUCGAGUCAUUUGGGAGAUCAUUGAGAAGUUCCAAGGGUAGUCAAUAUACGAUUAUGGUGUGUGUGGUUAAAAAGAGUGUUUUUGAAAAGGACGAUACGUCGAUUCUGUCGUUGCUAGAUGUAGGAUAUAAUAGAUGUAUAAUUGAAUCUCCACAUGUAUCAAUAUUAAGCUCUGAACUUCGACAAAUUCAACAUUCGCUCAUUAGACCGCAGAAUGUUAUCGCCACACAACAAGCUCUUUAUGCUGCUCUUCAUCGGGUGAAGGAUACAGUUAUUAUAACAGAUGAUGCUUUAAGAAUACAGUACAUGAAUAAGCAAGCUGAACGAAUUUUGGGAAUGAAAAUUGACGAAGUAGUUGGUCGACCGUUGCAUGACUUUAUCAAUUCGGACGCAUCAGUGUUAUUAAGUCAAACAAAUAGACUGAGAGAGUUUGAUGGGACGUUAUCAUUCACUCGUAAGGUUCAGGAUCCAAUUUUAUUACAUGUUCGAGCAUAUCCAGUUGCAUGUUUAGGAAAAUCAACAACUCAUUUAAUAUUAAGUUUACAAGCUAGCGGUAGUCACGAGAUGGGACUUCCAUCGAUUCCACAAGCCAAAGAACCGAGAGGUUCACUUCAUUCAAUAAGACGCGGUAGCUUUGAUAUCCGUUCGAUUGCAUCUGAUGGAUUAAGACGAACGAGUUUAGCAAAAUUAUCGUCACUUCCAUUGGAAGCUCCCAUCACCAAAGUGUUGAGUUUAUUGACGCAAGUUCAGGAAAAUUGUUCGAGUGAUGAGGCUAGAUUACUGGAUCGUGUUAUGGACUUUUUGAAGCGUGAAGGACUAUAUAGUCCGCAAAUUAAAGAGAUAAGACCUGAAGAUCCAGUUGCAACUGAUCUCAUUGGUGCUUUAUUGACACAGGGUCCAACGAACGUUGUGUCAUCACGUCGUAGCUCAAAUGAAUCUAUAAUUCGAUCAGGAAGUAGACAAUCGAGUACAAGUGCAUCUGUUCCAAAAAUAAAGAUGCCAACACAUGUUUCGGAACUGCUCGAGUGUGCAUUAGAUUGGGAUUUCGAAAUUUUCCGUCUCGAGGAACUGACGGAAAAGCAUCCAUUAGUAUAUUUAGGAACAGAACUGUUUCGGCGCUUUGAUGUCUACAAUACAUUCAAUUGUGAUGAAACGACGUUCAGAUCAUGGCUUAUUGUCAUCGAGUCACAUUACCACAUUGUGAAUACUUAUCACAAUAGUACUCAUGCUGCAGAUGUUAUGCAGGCAACAGCAUGUUAUCUCCAACAAUUAGCAAAUCGUGACUUAAAAAUUAUGGAUCGAUUAGACGAGGCAACGGCAUUAAUAGCAUCAGCUGCUCAUGAUGUGGAUCAUCCUGGGCGCUCAUCCGCAUAUUUAUGUAAUUCUGACAAUCAGUUGGCAAUAUUGUACAAUGAUGUUUGUGUACUUGAGUCACAUCACGCUGCCACAACAUUUCGUUUAACAUUGUCUGAUGAGAAAAUCAACAUAUUUAAGAAUCUAGAUCGUGAUAUGUACAAGCUUGCUCGCUCAAUCAUUAUUGACAUGAUUCUAGCUACUGAAAUGACGAGACAUUUUGAGCAUUUAGCAAAAUUCGUAAGCGUAUUUGGGAAUGAUGCGGAAAAUAAAGACAUUGUAAUUAAAAAAUAUCCCUUAAAGCUUCCAAAUGACGAAGAUAAUCAAAUGUUGAUCCGACGAAUGCUAAUCAAAUGUUCUGAUGUCAGUAAUCCAACAAGACCAUUGAAAUUCUGUGUCGAAUGGGCUAGAAGAAUCGCUGAGGAAUAUUUCAUACAAACCGACGACGAGAAGCGGAAAGGAAUGCCUAUUGUUAUGCCGAUGUUUGAUAGAGCAACAUGUUCGAUAUCUAAAAGUCAAAUCGGCUUUAUAGAAUUCAUUAUUCAAGAUAUGAUGAAUGCGUGGGAUGGAUUUAUAGAUAUGCCAGAGCUUGUGCAAUACAUGCAAUAUAAUUAUACUCAAUGGAAGCUAUUUGAGGAGCAGGGCAUCAAUACGUUGAACGAUAUUAAGCGUAAGCAAAUGUCGAUAACGAAUGCAAAUCUAUCGAGUAUGAAACUGGACGAAAUGAUGUGAAAAUUAAUUGAAAAGUUGUGGAAUUAAAAAAAGUAAAGACUUUUUGUGCUAUUCUAAUUUUUCUUUCCAUGUGCCAAUUAGUAUGAGAAAUUAUGGAAUGUAUUUAUGGCAGUGCUGUUAUCUGGGUGUGAGGGAUUUCCUUGAUAGUAAUCGAUUUAGAUAUUUCUAAGACAUCAGGAUGAGAUUUUGAACGUUUAGAACAGUCUUGGUUUGGAUAUAGAUGUCAUCUAGGCUUUUGUUAUAGCUGUUUAUAGUUUAUAUCAAUGACCAAUGAGUUAUCGAAGUCAAGAAAGAUUAUUAAUCAAUCGAUCUGGUUAUUCAAAACUUGAUCAAACCUACUCUUGAUGAACUUGUUCUUGAUCAUACUAAAUGUUGAUCAAACUUAGUCUUGAUUGAACUAAGUUUUAAUCAAACUUAUUCUUGAACAAACCUUCUCUUGUUCAAACCUAGUCUUGAUCGUGAUAGCAUCUAAGAAUGUUGGUGUUUUGGUUCUGACCCAGACAAAGUCUUAUCAAUGUCAGAGAUCAAGCCUUAACAUCCCUACUAGCAGCACCGCUUUCUUUUUAUAGUGCCGGUUAUAUCUUCUAUUAAAAUCGCAGAAAACUUAUAUAAAAUGUCGAUGUUAAUGCAAAUAAAAUGAACAAAAACCAGAAUUAUAAAAAAAGUGAAAAAAAUCUUAAUUUAGAGUAAAUGAAAUAAUUAGAGCAUUAAGUCAUG